AUGGUAAGGAAGGCAAAGGAGAAGGUGGCCAGCAAGCAGGGCGCUGUGGCUGUUGGCGAGGGGCAACUAUACGUCACGUCGCAACAGAGCAGAUACGCGCUUGACGCUGUUGACGCACCUAAUUCAAAAGAGGUUUUGGUAAAGGAUCUCAGCAUCUCAAUUGGAAAGAAAGAAGUCCUCCGCAAUGCAGAAAUACACCUUGAGGAAGGACGACAUUACGUCCUUGCUGGGCGCAACGGCACUGGAAAAUCAACUAUCCUUCGAGCCAUGGCUACGGGUCAAAUGACCAGCAUCGCAUUAAACCAACGCAUCCUCCUCCUCGGCCAGACCGAGCUCCAGCAGCACCAAGGCAUCACCGACCACGGCGACAUCGACGCCGACCCCGACCUACCCGAAGAAUUCGCCAACCUCUCCCUGACCGAACGGCCGCAAGGAGAGCAGGAAACGGUCCUCGAGCACGUCCUCUACGGCAACACGCACCUCAUCACCCUCCAAAACACCGUCGCCCUGCUCACCUCAGCCCUCAACGACGCCGCCGACCCCCUCGCCCCCGCCCGCGCCUACCGCCUCCUCGACUACCGCCGCCUCUGGCACGAGCACGCCGCCGCCCGACACCACGCCAUCCGGCGCUCCGGCGCGCGCGGCAAGAACGCGCGCGCAAAGCAAAUCGAGCUCGAAGCCGCCGUCAAAGAGGCCCGCGCCACGCUGCUCCAGCCACCCACCGACGACGAUCUCAUCACUGAGUCGCAGCGCGCCGCGGACAUGUUGGCGGACGCGCAGGCGGAGCUAGCCGUACAAGACGCAGGCGCGCUGGAGGCCGAGGCGCGCGGCGUGCUGCUCGGAUUGGGCUUUUCUGCGGAUAGUGUGGGCAAGCCCGUAUCGCGGCUGUCGGGCGGGUGGCGCACGCGGGCGACGCUGGCGCGCGCGCUGUGCCGGCCCUGCGACGUGCUGCUGCUCGACGAGCCGACCAACUACCUCGACCUGCCGGCCAUCGUGUGGCUGCAGCGGCACGUGGCCGAGGCGCUGGCGGACACGACGGUCGUCGUCGUCACGCACGACCGCGCGUUCGCGGACGCGGUGGCGGAGGAGCUGCUCGUGCUGCGGGAGGGGCAGUUGGAGCGGUUCCGCGGCAACGUGUCGACGUACGAGCGCGAGCGGCGGAAGCACGCGCGGUGGAUGCGGCGGAUGCGGGACGCGCAGGAGCGGAGGAACGAGAGGCUGGAGAAGAGCUUGGAGGAGAGCAAGGUCAAGGCGCGCAGGGCGGGCGACGACAAGAAGCUGAAGCAGGUGGCCGGCCGCCAGAGGAAGAUGGAGGAGCGCACGGGGCUGCAGGUCUCGGCCAAGGGCACGCGGUUCAAGUUGAACAGGGACCUCGCCGGCUACUACACGACCAACCGCGCCGAGAUCGAGGUGCCCCGGUUCGACGACCUGCCGCGCAUCGUCGUGCCGGCGUCGCCGCCGGACCUCAAGUUCCCCGGCGCCCUGGUCAGCGUCGAGAAGGUGUCGUUCCGGUACCCGGGGACGAAAGAGGACGUCUUGAAGGAGGUCGACCUGACCAUCCACCCCGGCGAGCGCAUCGGGCUGGCGGGCCUGAACGGCUCGGGCAAGACGACGCUGCUCGAGCUGAUGACCGGCGGCGGCGGCCAUGAGCAGACGGCGGCGGCAGCGCCCCUCGUCCCCACCAAGGGCACCAUCACCCGCCACCCCCGCGCCCGCAUCGGCCGCUUCUCCCAGGAGGCCGUCGAGCUCCUCGACGCCAUGCCGGGCGCCUCGUCCACCAGCGCCCUCGCCCACCUCCUCGCCUUCUUCAACGACCCCUCCUCCUCCUCUUCCGCCUCCGCCCCAGCCGUAAUUUCAGACGCCAAGCCCAUCACCGAGCAAGAGGCGCGGGGCCUCCUCGCCGGCCUCGGCCUGCAGGGCGCGGUGGUGUCGGACGUGCCCGUCGCGGCGCUGUCGGGCGGCCAGAAGGUGCGGCUGGCGCUGGCCCGCCUGCUGUGGCCCGCGCCGCCGCACCUGCUCGUGCUCGACGAGGUCACGACGCACGUCGACGCCGACACCAUCCUCGCGCUGGUCGGCGCGCUGCGCGCGUUCGAGGGCGCGAUCGUCGUGGUGAGUCACGAUCGGUUCUUCGUGAGGGGCGUCGUCGAGGGGGUGAGGGUGGACAGGGAGUUUAGGGAUGAUGCUAUGGAGGAGGAGGAGGGGGAAGACGAGAGUGAGAGUGAGAGCAGCGAGGAUGGGGCGGUGGGGAAGGUGGGGAGGGUGUACAGGUUGGCGAAGGGCCGGUUGAGGAGGUUGGAAGGCGGGAUGGAGGAGUAUGAGAGGAUUGCUGAGAAGGCGGUUUCCAAGUUGGGAGUGGUUUGA